ACCAAAGCUAGUGAAAGCUUUCGGCUUGCGAGAAGCGGCGACAAGUGAAAAUGUAAAAGCCACUGGGCCCCAAACUUCUCCAGGCCAUGAUUUUUCCACCACCCUUAUCAUCAUCACGAUCGUCGAUUCUGCUAGUGGCCAAAAUCCUUCAAAACCCAGAAACAGAAAUCCAAGAUUUUUUCAUUUUCGUUUACCAAAAAAAAAGAAAGAUUUUUUCGUUUUCUUCUCCUACUGAUGACCCUGCACUGAGAAAAACAAUGGAGGCGACGAACACGGCUGCAUACGAUCGAAAAAAAGAGAUAAAGGCUUUCGACGAGACGAAAACGGGCGUGAAAGGACUCGUCGAUGCCGAAAUCGCAGAGAUUCCACGGAUUUUCCAUCACCCCCAUGGGAACCUACACAAUCGGAAACCGCCACACUUGACGACGAUACCCAUUAUAGACCUGGAAGGAGGGGUUUACGAGGAACCCAUCACUCGGAAGAGAGUGGUUCAUAAGAUCAGCGAAGCAGCAGAGAAUUGGGGGUUUUUCCAGGUGAUCAAUCAUGGGAUCCCACUGGAUGUCCUCGAGAAGAUGAAAAAUGGAGUACGAGGGUUUCACGAGCAAGACCCGGAGGUGAAGAAAGGGUUCUACACUCGGGAUUUCAGCAAGAGGUUACUCUACUUGAGUAAUUUCGAUCUGUACAGUUCCCCGGCUGCGAACUGGAGAGAUACCUUCUCUUGUUACAUGGCCCCUCAACCUCCGAGACCGGAAGACUUGCCGCUCGUUUGUGGAGAAAUGAUGUUGGAAUACUCGAAGCAAGUGAUGAAACUAGGGGAGUUGCUACUGGAGCUUCUAUCAGAAGCAGUGGGUUUGAGCCCUAACCAUCUCAAAGACAUGGAUUGCUCGAAGGGGCUGCUUAUGCUUUGCCAUUACUACCCGCCCUGUCCUCAGCCCGAGUUAACUUUAGGAACAAGUAAGCAUUCCGACAAUUCUUUCGUCUCCGUUCUUCUUCAGGACGACAUCGGAGGGCUACAAGUUCUCCACGACGAAUAUUGGGUCGAUGUCCUUCCUCUUCCCGGGGCUCUCGUGGUUAACGUCGGCGAUCUUCUCCAGCUUAUAACCAACGACAAGUUCGUAAGCCUGGAGCACAGGGUAGUCGCGAAUAGAGCAGGACCACGUGUUUCAGUUGCGUGUUUCUUCACCACGGGCAUGACUUCUAACCCACGUGUCUAUGAACCCAUCAAAGAGCUUCUGUCUGAACGAGAUCCCCCAAGGUACAGAGGAACCACAAUCAAGGAGUAUGCGACUUUCUACAAUGCUAAAGGGUUAGACGGAACCUCUGCCUUGCUCCAUUUAAAGAUUUGAAAACGUGGACCAACAGAAUGUCAUAUAUGCACCCCAUAUAUAGUAUGUAUAUACACUAUCUAUAACAACUUAACUGUGACUGAUAUAUAGUUCUUUCAUA